GGGGGACAGUCCACAGAUAGAGAAAGCAACGGCGCCUUUAAAAGGGGAGAGUAUGCAGCGUGGAGAGAGUUGGCAUAAACCGCAUCAACAGCAGUAAGGCCGAGGCAUACCACUGAUACAGUGGAAGGGAAGCGAUCUGUUUCUCUGUAACGGCUACUUCUGGUUACUUGUUCUCGCGAGUGAGGACUGUGAUUCCUUCUUUUCCCCUUCUUCUUUUGGGUGUUAUUUUCCCCUCUUUGCUCUAUCGGGCGCGAGGGAAGAGGAAAGGGUACAUUCUCUUCUCCGAUUUGGUUACGGCGGAGCCGGAGAUGGACAGCAGUAACAGCAGCAGUGGAGGGAAUUGGAAUUGGCAGUUGGAGAAUCAUGAUAUGCCCAAGAACAUGGAUCCAGAUUCAUUAUGGAAUGAAGUGGGACUGAAUGAAGAGGAUCUCUCCUAUAUGUUUGAUGAAACAACUCCGGUUAAAGCUUGUGGUGAUUUGGCUUACCAUAUUGGGCAUGGUGAUAGCAUGAAUAAGGAACUACAAGAAUGUAGAGAGACUUCGUCUCAGCUAAAGAGACGUCGUAUGCUACAGUAUGACACUGAACUGCUAGCUUCGCCCUAUUGUGACGAGGAAAUGUCAUCUGCAUUCCUGAAAUCAAAUGAGAGGGUAGAUUCGCUGGAAGAUGUUUUGCCUGUUGCAUCACAGUGGGUUCAUGGAGCAACAGGCUAUGAUGGUCUGAAUCAUUCAUCUGGAGGCAGGCUUUAUGAGUGCUUCAAUGACACUGAGAUGCAGUGUAGUUCUGUUGAUAUGGACUUCGCAGGAUCAUCUGAAGGUCAAAUCGAUAUCAGGGAUUUGUGUCAUCCAUCGCCUGAGCUUUCAGCCAAUGCAGUUACCAAUCGGGUGUCUCGCCUUCCUAAAAAUAUAAUCUUUAGAGGGAGGAGGUCAUUUAUUCGACCACCAACCAGGUUACCUUCUUCUGUUGCAUAUCCUUUUGCCUUCAUCAAACCCUGUGCAUAUCAUGGAGAUGUCACCCUAAAGGACAUAAACCAGCGGAUCCUUACUCCACCACCAUCAAAAUCUAAGCAGCAGGAAGAAGAUCCAGCGACUUACCCGACUUCUGCUUUCUCUGGUAAGCCAGUUGUUGGGAAGACUAAAAUCCGUACAGAAGGAGGAAAAGGGAGCAUCACAAUCAUGAGAACCAAAGGAUGAGUAGAUUUAAGACUGGAAAAUUUUAGAUGGCCCUGUAACUCAGCCCGUCAUGGUUUUGUUCGUGGUUGAUGUUAGUAGUAUGUCCAUUAGGGGCAACAACAAGGUAAAGAAGGUAGAUAUGCAAAUUUUUGGGUUUGAAUUUCAGGCUUUUGUUUUGGAAACCAUAAAACACACUGAUAAGAAUCCCAAGUGUGUUUUGUGUUUCCAAGCGGAAUGAUUAAUGAUGGGGUUUGGGUAGGCUCAGUUGCUGACUGUUGUGUCUUAGGAGAGGUUAGCAUUUUGGGGUUAAAACUGAUUAUUUACCUUUUCAAAACUGAAAUCUUUAUGAUUUACCAUGAGUCUGGCAACUACUGCCAUCCAUCUCUGCUUUCUUUCUUUCAUCUCUUUUAUACUUGGUAUAGGCUAAGCGUGUCCCCAUUGAGUGUAAAGAUGGCAACCUCCUCCCCCUCACCCUCACACCAGAAAAAAGUGCUAAUCGCCCUCUUCAAUUUUAAGCAUAUAAGGAAAAGCAUUGCAUCACGCUAAUCUAACUUAAUUGGUUCUUUGACCUAAAGCAGAAAAAGAUCAUAAGUUGAUGCUCUAUGCAAUUCUUUGAACCGUUACAAAAGAAGUAAAAAUGCUUUGAACGCCAUGGGUGAUGCCAUUUCGAUUUGUUUCUCGUGUGAUGAUGAAUAGAUCAUCUGUGAAUGUGUAUAAGAAUGCGAUUGUCGAAUGUGUGAGUGUAUGGUGGUUGGAUAUGCAUGAUGGUAGGAAUCAUUCCAUUUGAUGGUAGGAAUCAUUCCAUUUUUAUUUUUUUCAAAUUUGAGAAUUCUAAGCCAGGCUCUGUGCUUUCCAUAACGAAGUUUAAUGAAGCAUUGAAAGUGGGUUGUAAGUUGUAACUUACAAAUUUUAUGUGUGGCACCAAUCGAGUGACGAGGGAGGGACAAUUAGACGACCUUAAUGAGGCCCUUACAGCGAUGAAUAAAGGCAACAAGUAUACAUCCCUCUGAAGUAGUUGUAUGCAUGCUACCCUAAAAAGGUCUGCACCCGAACAAAUAAGGGCAACUCUUGUGUAUAGUUACUUUUGAUCAGAAUUUGAUGUUUGAGGGUGAUGUGUAUAGAGCCCCUCCUAUCAGAGUCGGUGAUAAGCCAUUCAAAGGUUGGUCAUCCCUACAUAAUGGCCCAUCCACAUGGGUGGAGGUAUAGGUCGGAGGAAAAAAAAAAACAAAAUGCUUGCCCGGUCAGAAACAUCGUUUUUUUUAAGUUGAUACAAGUAUACAACCUCAAAAAAAGCACAAAUGAGUGAAGGUUGUUGAGAAAGUGUAAAGAUCCAUUAUUCCUUCUACGUACACCAAGAACCUAAGAUUGUGCAUUGUGCCUUUCUUCACUUGAGAACGUUUUGUUCAGGAUUUGUCGUUUGAAUCAAAUAUUUGCUUGGGACAAGCAAGCACCAACAUGUGAAGAUAUUUGAUAACACGUAAAAUAUGAGUUAUCAACCUUCCAUAUCUUGGCAUUUUCAUGACAUUUUUUGGAUGGUCGUGAUCACUAGAAUGACAACGCAACAAAGUUCAUGGGACUUGGAUGAUGACUUAGAAGCUUGAAGAGAAACUUUUACUAGUGAUGGAGAAACCAACAAGCUUCCUUAAAUACCUCAAACUCCACAAGGCAUGGCUGAACAAAUUCUCUAUGAGUACACGAGGUCUCAAAUUGCGAACAUAACUUUCAACAUCAUCGUGCCUCCAAUUAUUGUGCCUAAUUCAAGCUAAAGACUUCAAUGAUCCAUAUGGUAUAUAAUGUUGGACAAUUUAAGGUCGUGAUUGCGAGAAUAUAGAUAUGACACAUCA